AUGGCUAGUCGGAAGAAGCCUUUAUCGGAGCAGCUAGCGGAGCUGCUAACCCCCGCGCCCACCGCGGGCCACGAGGAUCCUGAAGACGCGCAGGGGUUCGGCGCAGAGGCGCGCGCGAUCUUCGGCGGAGACGAGUCGGCGGAAGCGGGGGAAGGAUGGGGCGCGGCGGAAGCCGGGGUCGUGCGCCUGGGGGAGGCUGGCGCAGGGCGGAAGCGCGGAGAACGCGGGACCGCGCUGAAGGAGAAGGGGCUGAGUUUGCGGGGGGAUCUGGUAAUGGAGGGGCGGGAAUAUGGCGGGAAUAAGAGCAGCAGAUCGGCUCUAUUUGAUGGGUGGGCGGAUGACGUGGAGGAUGACGUGGCGGAUGAUGAUGAUGACGCGGAGGAUGACGACGUGGAGGAUGAUGUGGAUGAGAGAGUGCAGAAGGGAGGUGAUGCGGGGAGGGAUGACGAUCAGGAGGGGGAGGAAUGGAAUGAGGAGGAGGAGGGGGAGGACAGCCCAGUCGAGGAUGAGGAUAACGAGGAUGGCACUAGCGAGGAUGAUUAUAGCGAGGAUGUCGAGGAGGAGGCGCUACAAGGGAGCGAGGAAGAGCUGGAGGGCGACGCGCUGCUGACGGCGGCGCGCGCCACGAUGGACCUUGGGAUGGACGCGCUCGAUCGAGACUUCGAGGCCGCCCUAAAAGACGAGUUUCGACCAGCUGCUACAGUUGCCGGGCGGGAUGUUAACGAUAGUGACGAGGACGAUGUUGACGAGGAUGGAGAGCGGGUAGGUCAGCGGGGCAGCGGCGGUGACGGCGGCGAAGGUGGCGGCGCGCCGGUGGCGAUAGCGAGAAGUGCAUUUAAAGGGGCGGUUCGUGACGAGGAUAAGGGCCGCGCGGUAGCCGCGCAACGCGCGCUGUGGGACCGCGCCCUGGAGCUCCGCAUAGCGCUGCAGCGCCCGCUGCAGUCCGCGUGCCGCCUCCCCCACGCCCGCGCGCAUGCCGCCUACGCGGUUGUAGCGCCGGACGUGGCAGCGGAGUUCCAGGCUGUAGCGGCCGGCACGCGGACGGCAAUCCGGCAGCUGCUGACGUUGCAGGACGAGCUGUUCAGCCGGAACGCUGCAAUUGACGGCGCGUUCAAAGCCGCGCGGGCGGCGCUGGCGGAAGGCGGAGGCGGAGACGGGGAAGGGUCGGGAAGAAAAGAACAAGGAGGGGAAGGAGGUUUAGGGUUUAACCAGGGUUCUAUAGACGAUGGGAGCUUCGAGGAGGUCUGGGAGAAGAUCUCAAGGGCGUACGAACGGUUCCGACCCUUCUCCCAGAGCUCCAUAGACAGGUGGCAUCGGAAGACCCUGCUGACGUCAGGGGCCAUGGCAGCUGGUCGCAGCAGCAGCCGACUGAGAGCGCUCAACCAGAGCGUCUCCCAGCAGGUCGCCUCUGCCCUCCGCGCCCCCGAUCGCCUCAUCCAACGGUCCAGAUUGCCCCGCGAGGCCGUCAGUGUGAUCGGAGCAAAAGCGGAAGCUCUUGCUGCUGCCGGUGGUGCUGGGAAGAAGCGGAAGGGGCCGGACGGUGUAGGUGGGGGGGACGAGGGAGUGGGAACGGUUGGGGGGGAGGAGAGUGGAAUGAGGGAAUUAAAUGGUGUUAUUCAGGAAGAGCAGGGUGAACAGAAGGAGGGGGAAGAAAAGGAGCCGGCGGAGGAAGGGGAGGAGAAUGAGAGGAAGGAGGAGGAGGAGCAGGAAGGCGAGUGGGACAUGGACUCAUACGACGACACAGAGUUUUACCAGCAGCUCCUACGUGAAUUCCUCGACUCAUCCCACCUGGAAGAGCUCGGCAUUGCCUCCCAGCAGGUGGUGCGGCGGCUGCGGGGCAGCAAGGGCAAGGCGGUGGACAGGAGGGCGUCCAAGGGGCGCAAGGAGCUGGGCAUAGCAUCCCGGCGGCUGAGGGGCAGCAGGGGCAUGGCGGUGGGCAGCAAGAGCAAGGCGGUGGACAGGAGGGCAUCCAAGGGCCGCAAGGUGCGGUUCUGGCACUCGGCACAUAGCCAUCCACAUGGCGCGUCCCCAUUGGAUCAGGUCGUGGUGGACACGUCAGCAGCACCCUCCGUGUCAUUUAGCGACGCACUCAUGAAAGAAGUCCUUCCCAGAAGCUUCCCGGAUGGGAGCGACGGGGAGGGGGAGCUGUGGAGGAAAGGGGAUGGCCUGAGAAAGGGUUUUAGAAGGGUGGGUCGGCGGCUUAUUCGGGCUGUGAAGAAACGACCUGUGCUCAUGAGACGGCUGGCAGCUGUGCCCAUCCUUCACCUAUUCCAUUCGUCCUCCCUCCCAUCUCCUCCGCCUGUGGCUGACAUCUUGCCUCUUCCUCCCAUGGCCGCGCGUGUGCUCCUCACAGACUUCCCUUCCCUUGCAUCACUCUCCAGCCGCUUCGAAAAGUCAUCCCAUCCUUCGCUAUCCAACCGCCUCCGCUAUAUUCAUAUAAAUCCUCGUUGCAGCCUGCAUGUUCCUCACAUGGUUGCUCAUGCGCUCCUCCCCGCCUUCCCUCGCUCUGCUCGCAUGCUUCCCCAUUCCCCCCUUUCCCCCUUUCUACCCCUUUUUUUCCGCCUUCCCCUGCACCAGAUAAUCAUAUACAUCCUCACGUGGUCGCUCAUGCGCUCCUAUGCCACGUCAGCCCUCACCCACGUGGGCCGCAGCACACGGGCGCAACUGGUGCAGGGCGCAUCUGCAGGGAUGGGCGCAGCCCUUGCCACUGCACCCUCCUCCUCUGAUGCCCGGCCAGCACCUACACUUGAAGGAACCUUCGUCUCCUUCUCAGGAACCUUCCCUGGAGAAGACUCAUCGGGACACUUGCACACACACAUGCUCCUCGCUAGAAUCACCAAUUACACUCUUCUCUACACUGUCACUCCUUCACAACCCACCGACCCCAGCCUAUCCAACGCUGCCACGUCAGCCAGCCAUGUCGCAUCCGCUGCAGCACAGUACCUCGCUUCUGCAGUCUCCCCCUCCCAGCUCCUCUCCGCCUGCUUCUUCUCCCCUGACCGUGUCCCCUUGGGGAACUCCAUAAACCCUAAUCACCUCGGGAACUCCGUGAGCCUGGGAAGCCUCCUCGGGGGUACUGGGGGCGGCCAGACUACUCUAGAAACUUCCGCCCAGGCCACCACUGGGGGUACCGAACAGCUGUACUACGUGGACGCAUGCCCUGUCAGUGUCAACGCCUCUGCCUCUAGCCUACAGGGGCCAGUGCAGCAGCAGCAGCAGCAACAGGGUGAUACGCUGGUGGUGAUUUCCAUAGUGCCGUCGGCUCUUAUCCUUGCGCCCUUGGAUUCCGGCAGUGACACUGUCAGGGCGCUCUGCAUCGCCCUGCCACUGGUCAUCCUCGUUAUAGGCUUGCUGCUCGUCUGCAUGAACGGAUCCACGGACCUGGCUCGAACCGGGCAGACGCUGCGGCAGGAGCUGGUGCGGCAGCUGGUGGAGAAGCACAGGGUGGAGCAGCGCAGCAACCACAAGAGCCAGUUCCUCGCCAACAUGAGUCACGAGCUGCGCACGCCACUGGCGGGCAUCAUCGGGCUGUUAGACCUGUUGGCGUGCGACGCGCUCACCCCGGAGCAGGAGGCCAUGGUGCUGCAGAUCAAGUGCUCUCCUCCUCUACUCCUCCCCCCCUCCCCUCCUCCCCCUCUCCCCUCCUCCCCUCCUCCCCUCUUCCCCUCCUCCAUACAGUCACGAGCUGCGCACGCCACUGGCGGGCAUCAUCGGGCUGUUAGACCUGCUGGCGUGCGACUCACUCUCCCCCGAGCAGGAGGCCAUGGUGCUGCAGAUCAAGCGCUGCGCCUCAGGACUCCUCGCGCUCAUCAACAACUGGGCGCGAUAGAACUCACCAUGGCGCCCCUCAGCAUAGCAACGGAGGUGGCGACACUGCUGGACAUGUUUGCAGUGGAGGUGGGCGCGCUAGAGCUCACAUUAGCGCCCUUCAGUAUAAUCACGGAGAUGGAGACACUAUUGGACAUGUUUGCAGUGCACUGCAUCGGCAGCGGGGUUGACCUCUCUAUGGAUCUACUAGACGACCUCCCGGUAAUGGUGCUGGGGAGGUGCUCUGCAACCUGCUUUCCAGCAGAAUCAUGCCAGUCGCUCCCUCCCUGCUCGUUCCCUUCCAUUUCUUUUCAGGUGGAGGUGGGGGCGUUGGAGCUCACAUUAGCGCCCUUCAGUAUAGUCACGGAGAUGGAGACAUUACUGGACAUGUUUGCAGUGCACUGCAUCGGCAGCGGGGUGGACCUCUCAAUGGAUCUAGCAGAUGACCUCCCAGACAUGGUGCUGGGGGAUGCAAUGCGGUUCCGCCAGGUUCUCAGCAACCUGCUGUCCAAUAGCGUGAAGUUCACGGAGCAGGGGUAUAUUCACGUGCGCGCGUGGGUCGUGCACACUCCCAACACGUUUGCCAUGUCGCGAACAGCUGUGGAGAGCGGUGCAGACAUCUACUCCGUGCGGAUGAGCGCUCUCAGCGCCCUUCUCCCCCACAAGCAGCACCCACCUGCUGCCGCGCCUGCUCCCUCUGCUCUCGCUUCUGUUGCUUCUGCUGGCAGUGCUGUCGGCAGUGCUGCUGGUAGCGUUGUUGGGAAUUCUGCUUCUGCUGCUGGUACUGCUAGUGCUGCUGCUGGGGCCGCUCGUUGCCACAGCAGGCACAGCUUACAGGCAACAAGGGAAAACGCAUUGGUAGGGAAAGCGGAGGAGCAGGAGGAGCGCGAAGAGGAUGGGGUUGAGGAUGGGGAGGAGGAGGAGGUGGAGGAGGAGGAGGAGGAUGAAGAGAGCGUGAGGGGCCACAGGGGAAACCCGCACGGCUGUGCUCCUAUGAUGGCAGCGGCAGGGUGCCUACCAGUAGGGGCAGUAACAGGAGGCUGGGAACGAGCAGAACUAGGGGGAGGAGCAGGCGGAGGUGCAUUCACAGGAGCACGGGUAGGGAGGAGCGGGGGAGCGAGAGGGAGGGGCGAGGGAGUGCGAGGAGCCUUGGCCUGCACAGGUGGGUUUCCCUGUGCAGGCGGGCUGUCCUCCUCACCCUCAUUCAACCGCUCUUCUAGUCUCAGGGAGCAGAGCAGCCCACUGUUAGGAACCCGGGAGGGGGGAGUGAGGACUUACAGUAACCGUAGAGCCCCAGGAGAGGUCAUGAGAGUGCUGUGCGUGGGAGGGGUUGCGGAUACCGCAGCUGAAUCGGACACAGAGGGGAGUGAGCUUGUGGAUAUAGUGAUUGAGGAGGGGGGGAGGUUGGGGUGGGGCGAAGGAGUGGGGAGGGAGGCUGGAGGCCAAACAGAUGGGAUGGCCUGUAGUGGGAUGGGUCCAGGGUCAGCUGGGGAAGGUGUAGCUGAGGAUGCUGCAGAGGAAGGGGAGGGUGUACCUGGUGACAAUCCACCUGAGGAGCGCCCACCUGGGGAGCGCCCACCUACGGGUGAGGAGGACCCACCUGAGGAGGUUCCACCUGGGGGAGAGGAGGUUCCACCUGGGGAAGGCCCAGCAGUCGAGCCUGCCACAGACGACCGAGUGCUGAUAAUCUUUGAGGUGGAUGACACGGGGUGUGGUAUACCACCGGAGAAGCGCGAGGCGGUGUUUGAGAGCUUCUCGCAGGUGGACGAGUCGGCCUCGCGCGUGCAUGCGGGGUCGGGGCUGGGGCUGAACAUAGUGAAGGGGCUGGUGGAGCUCAUGGGCGGCCAUGUGGCAGUUGCUGAUAAGGAAGGUCCUGGUGCCCUCAUCCGCUUCUCCCUCAUGCUGCCCCGCGUGCCCCCUCCUGCUCCUCGUUCUGCUGCUGCUGUUUCUGCUGCUGACGGUGGCGGCGGUGCUCGCAUGGACGACCCAGACGUAUCGGUGUCUUUCAUUCCAAGGUUUGGUGAAGGCCCGUCGGAUAACCCAUGGGGGGAGCUGGCUCCCUCCCCUCCCCAACCAGCCCCUCCUGCUCUCAACCACAGCGAGAUUUUCUGCUUGGAUAAUCCACUAAGCGACCUGGCUGGUCGAUCUCCCUGCUCUCCUCUCCCACCCCUCCCCGCUCCUGCCCUGCAAUGCCACAGCAAUCGCACCUCCUGUUCCCCCCUCCCGCACCGCUCCCAACCCGAACCCCUUUUCCCCCUCUCUUCUCCCCUUCAAUCACUUGCAGGUUCAGGUGGUGCUGGCGAUGGAGGGGUGUCCAGGCAGGGCCACAGCAGUUCAGAUGGUGCUGGCAAUGGAGGAGUGUCCAGGCAGGGCCACAGCCACCAAGUGGCUGGAGGGCAAGAGAAUUGCAGUGAGGGAAGUGGGUGGGAGCAUGCUGCAGACUAUGCCGUUAGCACCUCCCUUUUCUCCCACCUCCCCACCUCUUCCACCAAUUCCUCCCUCCUUUUCGUCGCGUGUGUGCAAGUUCAGGUGGUGCUGGCGAUGGAGUGUCCUGGCAGGGCCGCAGCAAUCGCACCUCCUGUUCCCCAGGCCCCCCACAACCCCCCUCACUCCCCCUUUCUUCCCCCCUUCCAUCACGUUCAGGUUCAGAUGGUGCUGGCAAUGGAGGAGUGUCCAGGCAGGGCCACAGCCACCAAAUGGCUGGAGGGCAAGAGAAUUGCAGUGAGGGAAGUGGGGGCAUGGGAGACCAUCAAAACCGCACUGGACCACGCCAUUCACACCUCCCUGCUGCGCCGCCGAACCGCUGCCCUCACUGCUGCUGCCGCCACCAUCGGCCACGGGAAAGGUGCAAGGGGAGACAAAGGGAUUCAGAGCGGUGCAGAGGGGUGUGGAGAGGCAGGGAAUGGUUCUCAGAGAAGGGGCGGGGCGUUUGUGUCGUCUGAGGCGCGGAGGGGGUCGAUCACUGCGCCAAUAGUGCUUGCAGGGCGUGUGGGGCCCUCCCUGGGUCCUACUGCUGCUGCUGCUACUGCUGCCGCCGCUGCUGCUGAUAGAGGCAACACUAUGGAGCUCUCAUCGAUGCUGCCGUCUUCUCUCGCUGCUCUGGCUGGCCUUGGGCACUCGUCCCACCACACGUUCUCCUCCCACCACAUUCAGCCAGGAAGCCGCGGGCUUUGCAACGCGUUGAUAGACCCAGCAGAGCAGGACCCGUUAGCAGUGGGGGCGAGUGCUGCCAGUCAACUGCCCCGCUUUGACGUGCACGGGGAAGGGGGUCUCAGUAGCCCUGCUGCUCGCCCUUUCAUGGUCCCGCCUGAGCUGGAGAGGCUGUGUGCUGAUCUGAACGCCAUCCGCACGCAGACACCGCAGAUGGCAGACUUACUCGUUGUGGCGUGGCUAGUCCCUCCAGGGGUGGACCCUCGCCUGUGUUGCUUCCUACACCAGCACCACCACUCGCUCAUCACCACACGCUCAUCACCACUCGCUCAUCACCACUCGCUCAUCACCACUCGCUCAUCACCACUCGCUCAUCACCACUCGCUCAUCACCACUCGCUCAUCACCACGCACGCCUCGCGCCUCACACACAUCCCUGAUGGCUGAGUCCCUUGUCGUGGCGUGGCUAGUCCCUCCAGGGGUGGACCCUCGCCUGUGUCGCUUCCUACACCAGCAGCACCACUCGCUCAGCACCACCCGCCCCCUGCAUGCCUCGCGCCUCACACACAUCCAAGAGCCCCUGUCCCUCCUGGCGUGGACCCUCGCCUGCGCCGCUACCUACACCAGCAGCACCACUCGCUCGUCACCACACUGCCCCCUGCACGCCUCGCGCCUCACCCACAUCCUCUCCUGCUUCGCCCACGCCCUCAACGGAGAGCCCAUGGGCGGGGGCUCGUCUCGAAACUCGUUUGCCAUGCAGGCCCCACCUGCUGCGGAGGUGCCUGCUGCAUCGGCUGCUGCAGCAUCUCCCGAGAUGAUUCACCAGCACCACCACCAGCAGGAGCAGCAGCAGCAGCAGCAGCAGCAGCAGUCACACUCCCCUGGCCAUAUCGCCAAUCACACAUCUCUGCUCACAUCCAUAUCCCCAGUUGGCCUUCCUCAGACUGCUGCUGCUGCCGUGGCUGCAACCUCAGGCUCCAAGGGGCCUGAAGAGUUUGCUACAGACCCUGUAGCAGCGGUAGCAGGCGUGGAGGGAGCAGGAGUGGGAGAUGUGGGAGUAGCAGGAGUACCAGAAGGAGCAGGGGGAGUGGGAGGAACAGGAGGAGUGGAUGAAGCUGUAGGUUUGGGAAGAACAGGAGGAGCAGAGUCAGGAGCAGGAGGAGCAACAGGAGCAGGAAGCCUCGCAGAGGCAUGUGGUGGUGGUGGUAGUGCUACUGCUAGUAUUGCGGCUGCUGGUGUGGGUUCACGCGCUUUCUGGGGUGGGUUUGGCAGCUUCAGCGAUGGCGCUAUGGGUGCUGCUGCUGCAGGAAGUGCCCUUCCGGCUGAUGAAGAGCAUGAGUUUCAAUCCUAUGACCUUACUGCACCAGAAAACGCCUUCCCCACGCUUCUGCCCGUCCCUGAAAUGCCUGGCCCAGAAAUGCAUGCCCUAGCAGUGCCUGCACCAGCAGUGCCCGCCCUAGCAGUGCCUGUGGCAGAGUCUUUGUCCCUUUCUACACCCACAGCGUCCGCUGCUGUGGAUGUCCCUCCGUCGCUCAACUCUGUGUGGGAGAGCAUCACACGCAGCACCAGGCUCCAAUCUGUUGCUGCUGCCGCCGCUGGUGCUGCCGCUGUUGCCACUGCUGCCACUACUGCUGCUACUACUGUUGAUGCUGGUGGCACAGUGGGAAAAUCAGUAGCAGCGGGGGCAGAAGCAAGAGCAGCAGGUGUGGGGGGUGAGGAGAUAAUGGAGGAGGAAGAGGAUGGGGAAGAGGAGGAGGGUGUGGAGAGGGAGGAGCGGGUGGAGGGAGGGGGAGGGAGGCGGCGCCUCUCUUUCAACGCUUGGCGUGUGCCUGCCUCGGUCAGUUUCGAGUCGACUCAGAGGCUGCCUGCGUCGGCCGUGCCCCCUGCUGGUAGUGCUGAGAUACAGCCGCUGACAACUGCGCUUACAGCUCAGCACCCCUCUGCAUCUUCUCCCACCGUUCACCACCUCUCUGCAUCUCCGCACUUACAUGUGCACUUCUUGCAGCACCGUUCCCACUCAGACCAGUAUGCUCGCCCCAAAAAUACCACCAGUCUUGCCAACCCCCACCAGCCCCGCUCAAGCCUAUCCGACGGUCUAGAACGGCUUAGAAUGAUCAACGGGACGAUUGCUCCCAGUAUUCCACGCCAGCAGCAGCGAUCAGCGCAGCCAACGUGA